AAGCGGUGUGCGCAGGAGUCGGUCAUCAGUCGUUGCAGUGAUACCUUGUAACCAACAUGAAAUUCUUGAUUGUCCUCGCCGUAGCUAUGGUGGCGGUCUCCGCUGAGGAAGCCGCGAAGAAGACCGAGAAGCGAGGUCUCUCUGGCCUCGGAUACGGUGGCCUGGGAUACGGUGGCCUCGGAUACGACGGCGGUCUUGGAUACGGCGGAGGUCUCGGAUAUGGCGGACUCGGAUACGGCGGAUACGCUGCACCAGUUGCAGUCAGCAAGGUUGCAUACACCACCGCCCACGGUGCUGGCUACGGAGGCUAUGGUGGAUAUGGCGGAUACGGCGGAUACAGCGGCCUUGGCGGAUACAGCGGUCUUGGCGGAUACGGGGGACUUGGAUACGGCCAUGGUGGAUACUACAGUGCCCCAGCUGUCAGCUACGCUAACCAGGUCGCGUACGGCGGAUAUGGCGGAUAUGGCCACGGUCUCGGAUACGGCGGCCAUGGUCUCGGCGGAUACGGCGGUCUCGGAUACUACGGACAUCACUAAACUGACUUCGACUACAUCAAAAUUUUUUGAUUUUUUUUUUUUCUUCAACAUUUAUUUAAAUACUCGUAACAUUGUACAUAUGUAUGUACAUUGCCUUUUCGAUUUUUGUAUUUAAUCUUUUUAAUCUGUGAUCGAUAUUUUUUGUGAUAUCAACUUAAUUUUUUGUUUGUUUUGGGAACCGAUCCCACAAUCUGUUUGACAGUGAACUGAUGUUUACUGUGAUUUAUGAACAACGAAACUGCCUGAGAGUCUUUGUAAAUAUCUUAAUAAAAUAAUAUAUUAAAAAUCAAA